CACAAGGUGAAUCAUUUGAAACAAGUCAAUAUAGUGUCGAAUGAAGAUUCGUCCUUAAAGAAACUGCGACACGAUCUACAGUCAUAUAGAAAGGCCACUGGUAGUUAUUCGGGCGUCUCGGCGUCAGCUCCACAGUCCAAAGAAAGUUUUAGUGCCGAAGAUGUUGCAGAAGUCUUCACAGGUAUCGGUAGUGCUGUUGGCAAAAUAAUCGACAUGAACACAGUCAAAAGAAGUGUGAACGACAUUUUCGAUAUACCUAUACUAAAGACCACAGACAGAAAGGGUGCAGAUCGUGACCAAGCUGGCAGGAGAUCAGGAAAAAGACAUCACAGAAGGCCAGUCCGGAAUCAAGACACCCUCUUCCAAAAGAAGUUAAUAAAUGGCGUUGUAGUUUUUGUUUACCAGGAAGACGUGGUUGACAUUCAUGCUAACAUACUUGUUUGUUAUAAGUAUGGAACCUCUCACAAUGAAGGGCGUAUUGGUAAAAGACUUCGGGAGAAAGGCGGAGAGAAAUAUGCAGAGUCUUUGGACAAGUUACUAAGAAGGAGAGGUGGUCUUAAAGAAUGGCGGAUGUAUCCCGUGAAACCGGGAUAUCUACAAUUUAAUGAAGUAUAUCAGGCGAUAAUUCCCUCGAAUCCUUCAACUGAUGUCAUGGAUGAUUGGUUGUUGAAACUUCAACAUCUUUAUCAAUUCAUACUGUCUACAGCUGAUGAGAAGGGAUACAAAUCCAUAACAUUUCCUGUUGCAAAUACAGGACCUAUUAACAAAUGCAUAGAAGUCCUGGUCAGUUCCAUCAAGAAUAACAAAUCCUCGAAUCUUCGCCAAGCCAACAUCGUUACCACAGAAGAUAAUUCAUUUGGAAAAUUAUGCAGAUGUUUAUCGGCGGCAUGUAGCUCUACAAGUACCGCUUCCAAAAGUUAUGAGAGUGAGGAGUCAUCAACAGAUGGGGAGGUUGAUGAAACUAAAGAUGCGGUGUACAAAACAAAAGAUGGUGAAGAAUCCAACACUGCUGCAAUAGCAUACCCACCACAUAAAUUAUCCAAUGGUUUAAUUGUACACUUACGCCAAGAAGACAUCGUUGAUGUUCCAUCCGACGUCAUUAUCACCAGUAAUUAUGGGAAAGCAGAAACAGAAGGUAUUAUUGCCAAACGACUUCGGGAGAAAGGUGGCGUAGAAUACGUCAAAUCAUUGAAGCUCGUAGUUCGAGAUACUGAUGGUUUUAAGGACUGGCAGGUUUAUUCCUGCAAACCUGGAGAUCUACAAUUCAGUGAAGUGUAUCAGGCGAUAAUUCCCCCGAAUCCCUCAGCAGAUGUCAUUGAUGAUUGGUUAUCCAAUCUACGAGGACUUUACAGUCUGAUACUAGCCACAGCUGAUGCACAGGGAUAUACAUCUAUAACAUUACCAGUUCUAGGUUCAGGUGAGACCGGGGCCACACCUGCGAAAUGUACUGAAGUUCUUAAAGGUGUUUUAGAAGAAUAUGUUGCUGAAAAUUUACUGGAUGUAUAUAUUGUAACAAAAGAUGAAUUUAUAUUCACCCUCUUGAUGACAACUUGGUAAAAACAGAAUUGAAAAUAUUUAUUGUGAUUCAACCCGAUUGCUUUUUAUGAAGGCUCUUGUGUCAUGUAUGUGCAUCUGUAAAUAGAAAAUACAUGCGUAAUCGCCUGAUCUAUUCACCAUUGUUUGGACCAAGAUCUGGUCCCCAAUCGCAACUCAUCUUGUUUUUCUUCUUCUCCCUUGGGGCGACACUCUUCGAAAACAGCCUACCUAAGGCUCCGACAAUUGGUAUGCUCGAGGUUCCUGGUCUAUAUCAAUCACCACACAUGUCUCGCUAUCCAUCGUGCCAAGGAAGACAACCAUUAUAGGUAGAAUUGGUCCAUACAGUACGUCCAUAUGUUCUGUUAAAGAUACUUUCCCGCAAAAGUAUUUAUCGGGUAGUUAUUUCCAAUAAAGGUUUGGCAUAAAAGCAUGGAAGAAUACUGGAUUCCUUGAAAAACACUCAUGUGGCACGCACGGGACAAACGUGAAAGGGUGUCACUAAGUGACUGUCUGCUCGAGUGACCUCAAAGGUUGCACGCGAAGAUUGUCUGAUUUCUCAGCGUUGGGAAGCGCUUGGUGUAUAUAUUGAUAAACUUGAUGGUGAGUGAACUAGGAAAAAGUGAGAGACAGUUUCUGGGCAGUAGAUAAUCCGAGAUUUUAAUUAGGCUUCCAUAUUUAUGAUAAAUAAACUGCUAUUAAAACAACAUCGUCUUUUAUAUGCAAUGAAUUUUCCGUCGGCUUCACACCGGUUGUUUGGUACGGCGACAGCCAAGACACGUGACACAAACAUGACUCCUUUUAAUUGAUUUGUUUAUACCUUGGGGUAUUUCCUGGCGAAUACAAUGUUUUGAGAAGGAUUUGAAGCAAUAUUUUGAUACAUAUGUAUUUUUAACUGUUCAAUGCAGUUGUAAAUCAAACACAAGAACUCGCACAAUUAAUGUUUUUGGGUUGAGAAAACGCGGCUAUGCGGCUAACUGGUGCGGUGUAAAGCCUGUUAACAGAGCAGAGUUAUUUCUAUGGGAAACAAUCACUGGUUUUAUUCUAAAAGCACGGGGUUUUAACAAGUAUCCCCUUAUCGUUAUGCGAUAACAUUAAUAUGUGUUUUUCAAUCACUGAAUGCCAGUUAAGCCUGGUCUACAAUUUAUGUUUUUCUAAAUUUGGUCAUGAUACUUUUAAUGGUGGACAAGAUCUAAAACAUAAAUUGCGAUUGGUUAGAUCGUGUACGAUUGUGUAUGGUGUUAACAUUGCUUAGAUGUUUAGUUUUUUUUACUUUUUUAUUUCUUGUAUUUCUUGUUUUUAGCAAUUGUAGUUUUACUUGUAAUUUUAGCUAUAAUAAAAAUAUAUUUUAGUAAUAUGGUAUAAAUUAAUUCCCCAAAAUAAUGGUCUUUUAUCUUACCUCAAACACUGUAUUGUACAUUAUUUUAUGUUCGAUAUGUGAGUACACUAUGGAAGCUACCAUAACAGAACAAAGGUCAUUUGUAGAUUUCCAGAUCAUUCCCAAGUCAAUAACAGACAAUACACAGCCCAAACGAUUAUUUGUUUUAAAAUUAUAUAGAUGGUCCAAAUAUAAAUCUACAGCUAAAACGAACGCUAAAUCAUUGUUCUAAUAGUUGGACUAGAUCUAAAGAUUUGUUUUGAUAUUUUAUUGGUUUAAUUUUAUUUUAUAGCUUUUUGAGUUCUCAUUUUAUUUUAACUAAAUGCCCAUUUUCGUAUCGUCUAAGCUAUCAUAUAAUUUAUUUUGGUAUUUUUUUUUUACUUUUUACUGGUUUUAUGCAAUGUGUUUUAACAACAACUUAAAAUAUUAAAAUUGCAUAAAUACAUUGACCAAACGAAUCGCCUCUAAUCUUAUGUAAAACAUCAUAUUACAAUGUAUAUACUUUUAUAACAUAUUUUGGUAUUUUUUACUUUUUAGUGUUUUAUGCAAUGUGUUUUAACAACAACUUAAAAUAUUAAAUGGCAUAAAUUCAUUGAUCAAACUAAUGGCCUAUACUCUUAUGUAAAGGGGGUCGCGGUGGCUAUGUGGGUUAGACGCUGGCUCGCUAGCCUGGAGGUCGGGUGUUCGAUCCUGCAUUGGCCGAGAAAGUUUAUCCAGAUUUUCCGGCGUGGGUAUCUCUUGUCAGUGAUGCAGGACGGAGGGCCUGACAGGGACAGCUGUCUAGUCUUUCGGAUGGGACGAAAAAAAGAGAUCCCGUGUACACAUUGGCGUGACGUAAAAGAUCCCUUGACAGUUGGAAUGUGAUAAAAGAGAAGUCCGUAGUGCCGCUGCCCUGGCAAAAUUCUCCUCGUAGCACACUGUAUGGCGUAUGUCCGUCUUCAUUAGCCCAGUUCGGAGCAGAACAGUAGGACGUUAAACCCCAUUUCAUUUCAUCGUAUGUAAAACAUCAUAUUGUAUAUUUUUAUUAAUAGUGUGAAUGGUCCAAUCCGCGAGUACAGCAGUGGUGGAUAAUUAGUGUUAUACUGUGUCUGGCACAAAUAAAUUGAUCAAAAUAAUGGCCUCUAAUCUUGUGUAAAACAUUGUACAUUAUCUUAGUUUAGUAAUAUUGAUACAAGUUGGAUCCGUAAGUACAAUAUAUAAAGUUAACAGGCAACCGAAUAAAAGCCAAUUAUAUAUUUUAAGCCAAAGCACAAAGUCAGUUAUAUAUACUGAGCGCCAUGGAAAACGCAUAUCUUAUUUAUUUUGCUUCUUAUUGUGAACAAUAUUCAAAUGGGAACACAUCAAUAACAACACAUUUGUACACUUAUGGAUGUUUAAUCUGUAAUCAACGGUACCAAGUCAGAGGGGUCAAAACCAAAAAGUACAACACAGAUGUCAGUAGCGCGUGUGUCCUCCAUGGGCUCUUACGCACGCUGUGCAGCGACGUCGCAUGGAAUUUACCAAUGUUUGAAAGAAGGCCUGGGACAAAUUGUUAUUUGAUCAAAAUAAUGGCCUCUAAUCUUGUGUAAAACAUUGUACAUUAUCUUAGUUUAGUAAUAUUGAUACAAGUUGGAUCCGUAAGUACAAUAUAUAAAGUUAACAGGCAACCGAAUAAAAGCCAAUUAUAUAUUUUAAGCCAAAGCACAAAGUCAGUUAUAUAUACUGAGCGCCAUGGAAAACGCAUAUCUUAUUUAUUUUGCUUCUUAUUGUGAACAAUAUUCAAAUGGGAACACAUCAAUAACAACACAUUUGUACACUUAUGGAUGUUUAAUCUGUAAUCAACGGUACCAAGUCAGAGGGGUCAAAACCAAAAAGUACAACACAGAUGUCAGUAGCGCGUGUGUCCUCCAUGGGCUCUUACGCACGCUGUGCAGCGACGUCGCAUGGAAUUUACCAAUGUUUGAAAGAAGGCCUGGGACAAAUUGUUCCAUUCUUGGACAAGAGCAGCUUCUAAAGCAGCAAUGGUGUGCAUCUGUGGUC